AUGGAAGACUGGAAGUUGAUCAGCUGCAGAGGAGUUUUAUUGAAUAUACUGAAACUUUAUUUCGUGAGAGGUUUUUGGAUGGGCAGUUUGAAUCAACCGAAUGUCUUCAAGAAGGUUGAUGCUAAUGUUCACCAGUUGAAAGGCAGCAAUUCCAGCAGCCACCGGAAAAACUAUAAUGCUACUCUAACAAAGGACCUCAUAGUAAGGACCAAGAACAAGAACCUCAAGGAGGUGAAUCUGGCAACUCCUAUAAGAGACACACAAAAAAAGGAUCCUCAUUCCAGUAGUCUUUGCUCACAACAUGCUUCAACUGAAAUUGGUAAAACCAAACCAAAAGCAGAAAAAGAAAAGCUUCCGGUUUUAGCCGAUUGCUCCUUAGCACCAAGUCGAUUCGCAAAAAGAAAAUUCGUGACAAAUACAGCCUCUGGAGUAGUUUUUGUUUUGAGAGCUGAGAGGGCCAUACUGAAUUGGCGGACCCCACGUUGGACAUCUAGAGGGAUGAGGGUGAUGUUGAGGUUCGAGUCGAAAACUGUCUUUGCAGCCAAAGGAUCAAGAAACAUGUUGAGCUCUGCAUAUUUGUUCGAGGGAAUGUUUUUCACAUCUCCUCCAUCAUCUAUAUUUUGGCUGAUAUGUCCUCCAACUACAAUAACUUCCUGUGGGAAUAUUGGGAACCUUCGAGGGCUUCGAGGCAAAUCAUGUCCGAAGCCGUAUAAUGUGUCUGAGUCGAGAAAGCCUCCUGCGCCUUUUGGGAUGGCUUUUCUAUACCUGCAGCUUCCAAUGGAUUUGAAGUUGGGAUAA